GGCUUAGAGUUAGUUAUCUAUAACGGUUCAGGAUUCAUCGAUUGAGCAAUACAGUACAGGUUGCGAAAAUCUUCUCCUUUCCUUCCUUAAAUUUUCCGAAGGACUAUCAGCUCUUUCGGUGAGAGAAUGGGCCUUGUCGUGCGCCAGUGUUAUUUUGCUUGGGUCGCGAUCGCAAAAUUCGUAACAUUGCCCAAGUGAUCGCCGCGAAUGGUUUGUUUUGGCGAGAGAUUUGUGCCUGGCUGCUGCUGCUCUUUACCUUGCUGCUGAGGAGGUCUCUUCUGGUUGGCGAUGAGAAUAAAUAAAAUAAUAAAUUUUCUAAAAAAGCAACCUAAAUUUAGAUCGGGGUUUAUACUUUGCGAAAAACGAGUUAAUUAGCCGCGGUGAUUCGUCAGUCUUUGGCGAAAACUCACUCGAGAAGCUCCUUUUUAUUUUUCUCUCGUAAAACCCGCUAAAACGUCGUUGUCGUUACCUUCAUCGGUUUGGCGCGUAUCGCGAUACUAACCUCCGUUGGAGUCUCCGAUGAUUUGUUUCUGGCAAUCUUGAACAUAAGUUUUACCCAUAAAUUAAUCGUGACACAAACCGUCGUGUGAUAAAAACCAAAGAAACCACCCAUAUCUGAAAGUGUUCUUUCGGAUUGAACCAACCUAACCUUAGAAGAAUAAAAGUUUUACAUUGAAAUGAAAACCCAGGGGUUGAAAAGUGUUUUCUGUCGUUUGCCAUAAAUUUGUCGCUCUUUCGUAUGUGAUCAUGAUCUUGAAAGAUCAGUGUCUGUAAUCGUUUUAACAAGAAAAAAAUAAGCAGAAAGUAUAAUUUUGUGAUGUUUGAGUCAACAGCAAUCGCCAUCGGUUGUGAAUUGACAGAUUUCGGCGGCCUCAUAUUUGCAUGACAACAACAAGUGAUUAUUGUGAUACGAACGGGAAGAAUUUGAUGCACUCGCGCUGUGAAAUUACUCAAUAAUUGUGAAAAUUUAAUUCGACCGUAAUCAAGUGUGAGCAACGAGCAGAAAGGGCAAACCCGUUCACAUAGUUUCAUCAAUCUAAAAUAUCACAGAAACGACUAAAAAAUGGCAUGUUGCGGAACGGUGGAUCCAAUCCGGCCGCCAAUUAAUCCCAGCUUCCAAAGUGACAUUCUGAAGGGCCCUGAACAAAUUCACGUGUCCAAGUUCUACAAGGAAGCCAAGGAUGGCAAAUACAUCAGCUGCAUCUCCGAUGAUGCCCGCACACUGUACCAAAUGUUCCGGAAAGGGGUCAUCGAAUCAAAUAAUGGUCCCUGUUUGGGCUGGAGAGACAACUCGCAUUCCCCCUAUCAGUGGAUGAACUUCAACGAGGCACUACUGCGGGCGAAAAAUUUUGGUUCCGGCCUAAUUGCUCUGGGCCUUCGUCCCGGACCCAGAACCUUCGUCGGAAUCUAUUCGACCAACCGGCCCGAGUGGAUCCUGUUCGAGCAGGGCUGUUACUGUUACUCGCUGGUGGUGGUUCCACUGUACGACACCCUGGGACCGGAUGCAUGUGCGUUUAUCAUUAGCCAAACCGAAAUUAGCGUAGUCGUGGUGGAAGAUGACAAGAAAGUGAACCUGAUACUCGACAAAGCGUCCAAGGUUUCUGAUAAUGAAAUCAUUGAAAAGGGAACUCCGAUGAUGAUGAGAUCCCUUCGGAAACUGGUGGUCAUGAAGGAGAUCCGACCGGCGACGCACCAGCGGGCCAAAAACCUUGGCAUCGAACUGCACACCUUCGACGAGGUGGAAAAGCUGGGCGCCUCGAAGAACUUCCCGGAAAUGGAACCGAAACCGUCGGACCUCUGCACCGUCUGCUACACCUCGGGAACCACCGGCAAUCCGAAAGGCGUCAUGUUAUCCCACAUGAAUGUAGUGUCCGGCUGCGUAGGAGUCCUGCUUCAGCUGGGACCUCACAAGCCACGCGUUGGCGACGUGAUGAUUUCGUUCCUCCCGUUGGCCCACAUGCUGGAAAGGUGCUGUGAGAAUGCGGUGUACUAUAACGGUGGAGCGGUCGGAUUCUACUCUGGGGAUAUCAAGGAACUGACUAGUGAUUUGAAGGCUCUGAAGCCUACCCUGAUGCCGGCGGUUCCCAGGUUGCUGAAUCGGGUGUACGAUAAGGUAUUCGCAGAGGCCGAACGGUCUUCGGUGAAGAAAAUGCUGCUUCGGAUGGCCUUGAACGCCAAGGAAGCGGAGAUCAAGCGAGGUAUCAUUCGGCGGUCCAGCAUCUGGGACAAGGUUGUAUUCCGGAAAAUCCAGGAAGGUUUCGGAGGACGAUUGCGACUGAUGGUGGUCGGUUCGGCUCCUCUGUCUCCGACUGUCCUGACGUUCUGCAGAGCUGCCCUAGGAAGUCUGAUUUGCGAAGGCUACGGCCAAACGGAAUGCACAGCUCCGAUUACUCUUACGGUGCAGGGAGAUUUCGUCCCUGGACACGUCGGUCCACCGGUAGCCUGCAAUUCGAUCAAAUUGGUUGAUGUUCCUGAGAUGGAGUACUACGCCUCGCAGCAGCAGGGUGAAAUCUGCGUCAAGGGUGCUAACGUUUUCAUUGGCUAUUACAAGGAUCCGGUUCGGACCGCUGAAACGAUCGACGAAGAUGGCUGGCACCACACCGGGGAUAUCGGUCAGUGGCUACCGAACGGAACGCUGAAGGUAAUCGACCGGAAGAAGCACAUAUUCAAGCUGAGCCAGGGCGAGUACAUCGUGCCGGAAAAGAUCGAAAACGCUUACAUUAGGAGUAUGUACGUUGAGCAGGCAUUCGUGCAUGGUGAAAGUCUGAAGAGUUGCGUUGUGGCGAUAGUUGUGCCAGAUGUUGAUGCCGUGAAAUUAUGGGCUAUUCAAAACGGAAUUCCUGGAACGCUCAGUGUGUUAUGCAACAACCGGGAAGUUAAAACGUUGAUCUUGAACGAUAUGCUGCGUAUGGGCAGAGAGACCGGACUCAAGUCAUUCGAACAGGUCAAAGACAUCUACCUACAUCCGGAUCCGUUCUCGGUGCAAAACGGUCUGCUGACGCCAACGUUCAAGAGCCGGCGGCCGCAGAUCAAGAACUACUUUGCCCCGCAACUGGAUGACAUGUACAAACACCUGGACUGAACAUACAUACACACACACACAUUGAAUGAUCACAAAGGUUAAAUUAAGCAGGACUCCUUUUUCGGUGGUCGGAACAGGGCGAGGAUCGUCAAAAAUUUAAAUGGGUACCGGCAGAGGUACCUUAUAGUUUAGUUGCAGAAUAAAUUUUGUAUAUUUGAGUGUACAUUGGGGGCUUAAGUUUGUAUAACGGGUGGAGAAAAUAAUUAAUUCUUAUUUGAAAAAUUACCUCCCCUUUGGUGUAAAAACAGUGAGUGCUAGAAUAGUGUGUGAUCGAGACAAUGAUUCCAGAAAAUUUAAAUAUGAAUGCCAGCUUAUACAUGUGUCGCAAAAUGAAUGAACUUGAACUGUCGCCAAGCGCCGAUUUCAGUUUAUUUUCCUUUUAUUUAUAUUUUUCUAUUCGAAUAUUAGAUAACCAAGUUUUGCAUUCAGUGUAGAGCAGUAAAUUUUUGUUACGCUGUUUUUCGAAGGCAAAUUAUCCAGAUUAACGUGGAGGACAGUUAUAUAGUAGAGCGAACAGAAGCUAUACCAAAAUUACUUAGUUGUUACUUAACCAAUUGGACUAUCUAAAGUAUAAUUACAACCAACCUUAGCUAAUAGGAAUGAAACACGUUGUGCUAGGACAAGAAAGUAGCUUUUAAAACAAAAACCAUCUGUACAGUAGUAGAAGAAACAAUUGAAAUGAAAAAGUGCGUGAUCGAUUCUUUUGAAGUGAAUCAAAAACCAAGAAAAAUAUUCGUAAUAACAUGAUGGGCUUGAGCCUAGUAAAUUUUCACCACAAAUCAACUUCACAUUAUCUAGGGCAAAUGAAUUCUUAAAGUCAAUUUCGAGUUCUUAUGAAGUUUUUUCGAUUCUGUGAGAACCUCCAUUCUGGUUUUCAGGGUUUACUAGUUACUUAAAAUGUUUAGAACGGCAGACACACCAUCAACACUUUAAAAUGUGUGGGUGGCUUUACUUUACUUAGAGGAUCAGAGGUGAACUGACAUCACGAGUGAGUGCGUACAAUUGGCAGUAAGACAUUUUUAGAGAUACCUUCCGAUUCAUGCGAUAGAUCCAAAUAUAGAUUCUUUCUCGUUUUCCAACGAAAGGUGACCAACUCUAGUCAUUAUGAUUCCCAAAUGUAAUCUUGUGUUACGUUUCAAAUCUAAUAUUGUGAAACGAAAAUAAAAUUUUCUGUUUACGGGAUAGGUAAUACGACAAUAUCAUUAACCAAAUUAAUCUUAGUAGAAUGUUAAUUAAAAUGAAUUUUUGGAGAAAACCCAUUGUUUGCCCAGACAGAAUUAAAACAAAAAAAAUCAAUUUUACUAGCAAAACUUCUUCGAAUCGAAAAACAUACCACAAACACGUUUACUUAUUAUUAGAAAAGGUGCUUCUUGUACCGACCACACCAGAAUCAAAGUAAAAAAUAUUGUUAAAUGAUCUUUUCAAUUUUCAACGGUUCAAAAACUCAAAACCAAUAGGCUCGGUGAACUACAAGCACAGAGGCGGGAGCAAUGUUUUCACGUUUAAAGCAGUAAACCCUUAUGUAAGUAGUGGAUGAGAUCAGUCUUUAAGAAAAAAUGACUCACAACACAUGCACGCUAGAGCCUAAAAUAGGGAAAAUAAACGAGACCAUAAGGAAAUUAUACCGCAACAUGAACAUAUGUAAAACCGGAUACUUACACAAACCACGAUUGAUUUGCCAGGAAAGAAUAAAACGAACGAGGGCUAACUAGACUUGCAAAUCAUUUUAAGGAGCGCCUAUUUAAUCCUAUGAAAUUCAUGCAAUAUGUAGUUAGUUGAAGGCAGUGCAGAUAUUGAAUAAAAAAUCCAGCGUGGGUGCUGUUGAACGGUA